AUGUUCCCUAACCAGGAGCAUGCCUGUGAGUUUUGUCAGCUCUGUGUGGCAGGGACUUACCAGGACCAAAAGGCACAAGGGUCCUGUAAAUUUUGUCCAGCAGGCUAUACCAGCACCACUAUGAAGGAUCGGUGUGAUGUAUGUCCAACAAAUACAUACUCGGAUGCACUUGGCAGUACUUGUGUGGCUUGUCCUUCAACAGCAGAGUGUCCAUGUCUAGUGUCCGGCUCUCCUUGUCACAGCAGCAGUCUGUGUUACAACAUGAAAAAUGGAGGCACAUACACGGCAGGUUGUCUUUCCUGUCCGCCUGGCUUCACUGGAGACGGGAUCACUUGUACAGACAUCAAUGAGUGUACACUAAACAACCCAUGCUGGAACAACAGCGCCUGUAUAAACACUUCUCCAGGGUACCAGUGCAGUGCCUGUCCCUUCGGCUACACAGGAACUUUCGAGGAUGCACUCUCCAUGGAGAUACACAGACGCACAUUUGAGCUGUAUAAUACUCUUUGGACUAGUGCUAACCAAUCAUGUGCUGAUAUAGAUGAAUGUCUUGUCAAUAAUGGCGGAUGUAAUGCCAAUUCAUUCUGCUACAAUACCGUGGGGAGCUACUACUGUGGGUUUUGUAUGACUGGCUACAUAGGAGACUCUGUUAGUGGCUGUAGGCUGGCUGACUACUGCGCAGCGGGGACCCACCUUUGUAACUCCAACGCCGACUGUGCAUACACUGGUCCAGCAGAAUAUCGUUGUGAGUGUAAAGCAGGCUGGGCAGGAGAUGGGUAUAUUUGUGGAGAAGACACUGAUGUGGAUGGAAACCCAGACGUAGGACAAUCCUGCUCCUCCAGAAAAUGUGUGAAGGACAAUUGUCCGCUCAAGGCUAACAGUGGACAAGAGGACAGUGAUGGUGACUCAGAAGGCGACAUAUGUGACUAUGACUCCGACAAUGAUAAUAUCUUCUUCGAUGAGUCAGACAACUGCCCGUAUGUGUCUAAUGUGAACCAGCUGGACACAGAUGGGGAUGGUCGUGGAGAUGUUUGUGACAACUGUGUCAACAAUGCCAACUUUGAUCAGGCUGAUGUGGACGGAGAUGGAUUAGGGGAUGUCUGUGAUACUGACAUUGAUGGGGAUGGUAUUCUUAAUGGAGCAGAUAAUUGUCCAUAUGUAUCCAAUGCAGCACAGACCGACACAGAUUCAGACACUGUUGGUGAUAGUUGUGAUAAUUGUCCAUCAGUAGCUAAUGCUGCACAAACAGACACCAAUGAGAAUGCUGUCGGAGAUGUCUGUGAUGGCAGUGACAGGGAUGGAGAUAGCAUCCCAGAUGCCCUUGAUAAUUGUCCUGAGAUUGCAAAUGGUGAGCAGACAGACACAGAUGGGGAUGGAAUAGGAGAUUACUGUGAUACUGAUAUAGAUGGUGACAGUAUUCUCAACACAGUGGACAAUUGUGUUUAUGUAUCCAAUGCUGCACAAACAGACACUGAUGGAAACCACAGAGGAGAUGCUUGUGAGAGUGACCUUGACUUUGAUAGCGUGCUGGAUGUAAACGAUGUCUGUCCAAAGAAUAAAGACAUUACAGUCACUUCAUUCGCCAACUACAUCACAUUGGAUCUCAACCCAGAUUUGACGACAGAGAACGCCUCAGUGUGGUCAAUACAAGACACAGGGAGGGAGAUCUGGCAAAUGCAAUCAACACUGAAACCAGUUGCUCUCAUUGGAAACCACUACUUUGACCAUGUGACCCUCACUGGGACAACUUUUGUGAAUCUAGAAGAAUGCUACGGAGCGAUUGGGUUGAUAGUUGGUUACCAAAGUAAUACAAAGUACUAUCUUGUUACCUGGCGACACAUCCACUUCAACCUUGAAGACCGUGGCGGCAUCAAAGGGGUGCAACUCUGGCUGAUAGACUCGACCACUGCCCCAGGGACAAAUUACGCAAAAGCUCUGUAUCAUGGAUGUGACACUGCUGACACUUCUACACUCCUCUGGCAGGACCCAACUCUAACUGGCUGGGAGUGUAUUACUGGGUACAAGUGGACUGUACAACACAGCCCCUCAGUGGGCCUCCUUAGAGUGCUUAUAGAACAAGGAACGACAACCAUUGCCGAUUCUGGCUACAUAUACAAUGUUGCUAUCAAUGGUGGACGCUUAGGUGUGUUUUCUUAUAACCAGACCCAGUCAGUGUGGUCUAACCUCCAAUACAGAUGUACAGACAGACUGAACUAUGCUUUGGAGUUCGAAGGAUCAAACACCUAUGGAGAAAUAGCUAAUCUUUCUAACCUGGCUAUAGUGAAAAGUUUUACUUUUGAGGCCUGGAUCUACCUACCGAGUAGUGCUCCCUCAACCAAACUACCAAUCCUGUGUACCCUGUCUAAGGAACUGUGUCUGUUUAUAGAGGACAGCACCUUCCACACACAAAUUGGGUCACAUAUUGUAGAUGGUAGUACGACAAUUACUGCUGACACCUGGACACACAUAGCCACACGAUACAACGCUCAACAGGGAACACUGACCAUGUUUGUUAAUGGUGCUGAUGGUGGUGUCACCAAGGAUGUAGAGAAUACUACAAUGGCAGAGGUGACAUGGGAUCCUAAUUUGACUUUGUAUAUGGGAAGAGACAGCAGUAAUUACUUCAAUGGCAAAAUUGAUGAGGUGAGGAUCUACAACGUUCAAAUACCCGAUACAGAGAUUGACUCCUACUGGCAGAAAGCAGGAAUGGACCGCGAGUACAAACAGUUCACAUUGUCAGCUCACUACACAAUGGAUGGUAACACACAGAGUAAGUAG